AUGGCAGCAGGCAGGUGUGAGCGCAUCUGCACGCACAGUGAGGUGAAGACUUUUGGAAGAUGGCCUGGUGUCAAGAAGGGCAGCAAAGAAGCCACUUCUCUCCAAAAAGAAACCAUCAGGGACAGAUUGACCUUCUGCCAAAAGGAACAGAGUGAUUCAUGUUUGGAUAUAGAAAUAACGUCCUCAAGAUCAAAAGAGCGACUGACAGCACAAACUCUUUCCUGCAUCACCUGUGGAAAGACAUUCAGCUCACAGAGACUUUUAGAGAGACAUGAGAGAAAACACACAGAACAGAAACUCUUCACCAGAUCUGAGAUCAGCUUUACUACCUUACAAGAGAAGAAACUUCAUUCAGAAGACCACAGAGAGAAGAAGAAGAAGCAGCAAUUUCACUGUGAGCAGUGUGGGAAGAUUUGUGUCUCUUCUUCUGAUCUAAGUGUUCACAUGAGGACACACAGCGGUGAAAAGCCUUUCUACUGCACUGAAUGUGGAAAUUACUUCAAAACCAAACAAUAUCUUAAAAUUCACCAGAGAGUUCAUACUGGAGAAAAACCUUACGAGUGUCCUCACUGUGAGAAGAGAUUUAGCUGUAAAUAUAAUCUGAAGAGACAUGUGCUUUUACACACCAAUGAGAGACCGUAUCAGUGCAGUGAAUGUGACAAAACCUUUAGGGAUUCAAGUUCAUUAAAAAAACACGAGAAUACUCACAUUAAAGAGAAACUCCAUCCGUGUUCACACUGUGAUAAACGUUUCUGUCAUAAAUAUCAGCUGAUAGUCCAUCAGAGAGUUCACACUGGAGAGAAACCUUACGUCUGCGCUCACUGUGGAAAGAGCUUCUCUAGUUCAUCUAAAUUCAGAGUUCAUCAAAGAGUUCAUACUGGAGAGAAACCUUAUCACUGUAAUGUCUGUGGGAAGAGUUUUAGUCAACAAACUACUUUACUAAAUCACAAGAGAAUUCAUACAGGUGAAAAACCUUUCAAAUGUUCUCAGUGUCACAUGACAUUUUCUUAUUCAGGUCAAUUCAAAGUCCAUCAGAGAAUUCACACUGGAGAGAAACCUUACGCCUGCUCUCACUGUCGAAAGAGCUUCAGUAGUUCAUCUAAAUUCAGAGUUCAUCAAAGAGUUCAUACUGGAGAGAAACCUCAUCACUGUAAUGUUUGUGGGAAGAGUUUUAAUCAACAAACUACAUUACGAUGUCACAAGAGACUUCAUACAGGUGAAAAACCUUACAAAUGCUCUCAGUGUGACAAGACGUUUGCUCAGUCAAGUUCCUUAAAAUACCAUCAGAGAGUUCACACUGGAGAGAAACCUUAUCACUGUAGUAUCUGUGGGAAGAGUUUUAGUCAACAGUCAAACUUACUAAAGCACCAAAGAGUUCAUACAGGCGAUAAACCUUUCAAAUGUUCUCAGUGUAACAAGAUGUUUGCUUAUUCAGGUCAGUUACAAGCCCAUCAGAGAGUUCAUACUGGAGAGAAACCUUAUCACUGUAGUGUCUGUGGGAAGAGUUUUAGUCAACGGUCUUCAUUACUAAAGCACAAGAGGAUUCAUAAAUGCAAUCCACCGUGCCAUUUGCCGUUGCCAGUUAUAGGUCUCAUCACUGUAGUGUCUAUAGGUCAAACAAGAAGCCAUAUCUAAACAUGACUCAAAAGCGCAUGCGUUUUCUCUGGGCCAAGGCUCAUUUAAAAUGGACUUUGGCAAAGUGGAAAACUGUUCUGUGGUCAGAAGAAUCAAAAUUUGAUGUUCUUUUUGGAAAACUGGGACGCAAUUUCGUCUGGACUAAAGAGGACAAGGACAUCCCAAGUUGUUAUUAGUGCGCAUUUAAGAAACCUGCAUCUCUGAUGGUUUGGGGCUGCAUGAGUGCGUGUGGCACGGGCAGCUUACACAUCUGGAAAGGCACCAUCAAUGCUGAAAGGUUUAUCCAAGUUGUAGAGCAACAUAUUCUCCCAUUCAGACAUCGUCUCUUUAGGGAAAACAUUGCAUUUUCCAAUAUGACAAUUCCAGACCACAUACUGCAACAAUUACAACAUCAAGACUGCGUAGAAUAAGGAUCUCAAUACUGAAAUGGCCAGCCUGCAGUCCAGAUCUUUCACCCACAGAAAACAUUUGGCGCAUCAUAAAGAGGAAGAUGCGACAAAGAAGAUCUCAGACCGUUCAGCAACUAGAAGCCUAUUUUAGACAAGAAUGGGACAACAUUUCUAUUCCUAAACAUUGGUCCUCCUCCAGCUGUUCCUUAUAUGUACAUUUAACUUUCCGGCCUCUUAUUGCUAACUGUCCCAACUUUUUUGGAAUGUGUAGCUCUCAUGAAAUCCAAAAUGAGACAAUAUUUGGCAUAACAUUUCAAAAUGAAUCACUUUCAACAUUUUAUGUUAUCUUUAUUCUAUUGUGAAUAAAAUAAACGUUUAUGAGAUUUGUAAAUUAUUCCAUUCCUUUUUUACUCCCAAUUUCUACAGUAUCCCAACCUUUUCUGAUUUAGGGUUGUACAAUAACGCCCUCACUUGUAUGAUGUCACAGCAGUAGGCAGGGCAAAUAUAACGACACGCCUAAAAUCCCUCCCACUCUGAAGUAAUACUAACUCGAUGGAAAAGCUAACCAAGCCAAAGUGAAGUGAGCUGACCCGACCUGUCUCGAAAAUCAGUACGGCGCUGAAGGCCUGGUAGAGUAAUAAUUUGAAUGAAAAAUCAUUUGUAUUGUGUACAGUCGUGGCUCGACAGUCGAGGCGAGCUUGCUCAGGAAUGGCAGAAGGCAGGCUUGAGCGCAUCUGCACGCACAGUGAGGCGAAGACUUUUGGAAGAUGGCCUGGUGUCAAGAAGGGCAGAAAAGAAGCCACUUCUCUCCAAAAAACAAACAAACAUCAGGGCCAGCUUAAUCAUCUGCAGAAAGUAUAGUGAAUGGACUGCUGAGGACUGGCGCAAAGUCAUAUUCUCUGAUUAAGCCCCUUUCCGUUUGUUUGGGGCAUCUGGAAGGUGAGCACUACCAUGUGUCAUGCCAACAGUAAAGCAUCCUGAGACUAUUCAUGUGUGGGGUUGCUUCUCAUCCAAGGGAGAAGGCUCACUCACAAUUCUGCCCAAAAACACAGCCAUGAAUAAAGAAUGGUACCAAAACACCCUCCAACAGAUCACAAGACGUUAAAGGACAUGGCCAUAUAGAUAUUCUGCAUUGUAUAUUGUACACACACACGUUUACCUAAGAAAGGAGAAACAAGACUGUUAAAGAACAAGACUUAAUAUUGACAUAACAUUACAAUUACAAUUCUAUAAACAAUUAUUAAAAACUUUAUAAGACACAUCAUGACAUGUUUAUAUCAUGGCAAAUAGAUUAGAAUACUAAAGCUACUGAUAACCAAAUAUAUAUUCUCUUUAUGUAUGAAUAUUAGUUAUUAUUUCUAAUGUUGGCCUGUUCUUUAAGGAUCCACAUAUUUACAGCAAUCUUUUUCAUACCUUUAGAAUUUGAAGAAUUCUAAGACAACAUUUGAAGCUUUAUAACUUUAUUGGGUUGUUUCCCACAGGUUUAAAUUGAUGCAUGACUAGCCAUUAGUUAUGUAAAAACAUUUAGGUACUUUUUACAAACAAACCUUUUAAAAAACAUUAAUGGUGUACAUCUUAAGACAAAACUAUGGCCCUGAUAUAUUUGAAGAUAGGCCAGUGUAAGCUAUUUUCAAGUAAGACAACUAAUACAUAAACCUAAAUUUUAGUCUGUAACUACACUUAAACCAAUGGUCAGUAACAUUAAUCUCUAAGACUAGUCUUAAAAGUUAGUCAUACAUUUUUGUCUUCAUAAUUGAACAUAACUGCUUUAAGUAUCAUGUGAAAAAAUAUUUAAAUUAUAUUUAAAUCCAAAUAGUAAGACUGAUUAGCUCUAACUAGCUACUAGUUCUUCAGACUAGUCCUUAAAACACAGUUUUAACUUAAUGGCUUCUGUAUGUUUACUCAACCAGCCCUAGUCUUGGAAAGACAUAUAUGGUCUGAUCUUAAUAAAACUAUUAAUAUUUUGUCAUAAGCUUCACAUUACUUGUUAAUUAGUUAAAUAUACUGAUGUAGAUGUCUGGCCCAUUUUUAAAAUGUUACAUUUCAAAAUGCUUGAAUUGAUUAUCUCAAGUCUUUUAGUUUUAAUGAGGUAAAUGACUGCAAAUCAUUGAAUCUUAUAAUAAUUUUCAUGCAGAUGCAAACCCAUGGACAAAAGGAACAUAACAGCAGCUACAAAUGAAAUAACGAAUACAGGUUACAAAUGGUGCCCACAUCACUAUGUGACAUCACAUCAAAUCUUGGAAUACAACGGCAAAAGUUUAUUUUAUG